AUGAAGAAGAGAAAAUCGAAAAGAGAGAAUGUAGUAGAAAAUGAAGAUGUAGGUGUUAAGGACGACACAAGUAAAGAGUUGCAAAAACUAAGUUGUCGUAUGUCCCCAAAAUCAAUGUAUAUGGCGGUGAAGGGAAUGUCGUACACUCAGAAAGAAAUGCUUGCGUACGCAGACAAAGUAGUUUUGAAUGGUUAUAAUAUUCGUAGAUCAAGGCCAUUGAUAAAACAGAUUGACUCGGUGGAUUUGGAAAUGUUGGAAGAGCAUGGUUUGCGAAUGGGAAAAUUUGGAACAUUGGAGUUUCGUGGAGAUGGGGAAGUGGAUCUUAUUGAUGUAAAUGAUGAUCAGGAUAAGCUGGUAGGGGUGGAAACAAUUGAAAUGCUAUAUUGUAGGAUCUGUGACGAUAAGAAAAAAAUAGAGGAAGCAAUUAAGAAGGGGUUAGAAAAUGAUGGGAAUGAUGAUGAGGUAAAAGAGUGGUCACGAAAGGUGAGCCAACUUUUUAAUGCGACGACUGUGGAACAUGGAGAUAAUAGCUCGCCAAAAAAUGAAGCAAAUGAAGCAACAAUGAAAACGCCCGUUAAAGUUGCAGUCAAUUCUGAGCAAAGUAAUUUUGUGAAAGGAAGUAGUCCAAUAUGCAAUGUUCAGUCUAGUGUAGAGAAUAACGAGAAGACAAAGGUUGUGGAUGGGUGCGACUCACCUUCAGUACUCUUUCUGGAAUAUAAAGGAAAUACAUCAUUGGAUAGUCCGGUUGUUCUGACUCCUGGUUUUCUGAAUAUGUCUGAUGAAAUUGUGGAAAGGAGCAUGAGAAGGAAAAAGGAUUUUUGCAAAGAUGACAUACCAUCAUUCGAUUUGAGAAUAACACAAUUGAAUGACGAAGAUAAAAAUAUGGAUGAUAAUGAAGGAAGUAAAAGGAAGGGGAAACUUGGACAAUUGGUGUGUUCGCCAUAUGUAGAUCGGAUUACGGAUGUGGAUGAGGCGGUUAAAGAUGAUGAAAACGUUGUGGCUCAAAGCAUAAUAGUAUGGGGAAAAGAUAAAGGUGAAAUUAUAUGGGAAACUAUUGAAGGUCAUGGAAUGCAUUUGGAAUCUGCACAUACGUUAGCUAUGAGAACAAAAGUGCAUACAAAUGUAAUAGACACGUGGGCUGCUUUCCAUAAUAAAGCUGAGGAACUGAAGUCAGAGGCUUCUUACUCUAGGAUGUACUUCACAUGCGAUACGAUUACAGAGUACAUGGUUAAUGAAGCUGUAGAUGAGGAGCUGAGGUACAAUAAAUUCAAAAUUAUGUUUGUAGCUGUGAUUAAUGACAUAUCGGACAAACCCGAUUUGAAAACGGUGGACUUGGUUUUCAUACCAGUUGUUGUUGACGACAAUUACUACCUAGUGUGUUUUUGCUUGAAAAGGGUUGCAUUUUAUAUAUUUGAUCACAUCAAGAGGUCGGGGACAAUUGAGUCUGCAUAUGGGAAUAGACCACGUAUCCUGCAAACAUUUGUGAAGCAUUAUGCAGCUAUCAAAAAAAUGGAUAGGUUUGAAAGGAUGAAGCUGAUUGAAGAAAAGAAGAAGGAAAUCACAGGUGUGGUGUAG